AUGGACGUCCGCACCCUCUCCCGCCCAGCGACCCAGCUGCUCAAAACCACCCGCCAGACCCUCCCCCUCACCACAUCCCGCGGCCACAAGACGACCGCGAGGACGAAGCGCGCCCUCAAGAUCGCGCCCCACGACUCCUUCCUCCCCAGCCGAUCCCAGCCCUUCCCCGCCGCCGACCACAUCAUCUACAACCCCCCCUCGUCCGAGGCCUCGCCCGAGCACACCCCCUUCAUCUUUCUGCCCGCCAACGACCCCCGCCGCGAGGCCAUCCAGCGCAUGCGCCUCGCCAGCCCGGAGGCCCUCGGCAGUGUCGCCGGCGCCGCCUCGCCGGAGGACGACGCCGACCUGCCCCCCGCCAUGAGCUACCCGCGCCGCCGGGCCCAGUACAACCUCACCGAGGACGACAUGGCCGAGAUGCGGAGGCUGAGGAACGAGGACCCCCUGACGUGGAGCACCAACGCCCUGUCCAAGAAGUUCAACUGCUCGCCCAUCAUCGUGUCCAUCGCCGCCCCGGCACCGGCGGAGCAUAAGAAGUGGCUCGAGGAGAAGGCGGAGCGGCGCCGGGAGAGAUGGGGUCCCAUCAAGACACAGGCCAGGGAAGACCGUGGGAGGAGAGCGGAGAUGCUGUAUCGGGGCGAGAUUUAA